ACUCCAAAAUUUAAAAUUUAAUUAUUUGCACAUAACAUAAUUUCUUUCUUAAUCACAAUAAUAAAAAUGAAUCCUGAAUGUAAUCAAGAAAUGCAAGUAGCAAUAGAAGAUAUUGAAGAAAUAUAUGAAAACAUACCAAUAUUGAAAUACACAUUAGAAAAUCCAUCUCAGAAUCUAAAUCACAAAUUAAAGUUGUCUUAUGUUAUAAAUGAACCAACUGCCCCUCUUCCUUUAUUUGGUGGAAUUUUUUCAACUUUUGGAGUAGAAAAAAAUACAAAUAUAAAAUAUUACAACUAUAUGGAUUAUUUAAAGCAAAAACCACCCAUUACUAAUAACCAAAAUAAAAACAAUAUAAAUCAAAACAAUUUUAAUCAAACAAAUAGUAUUUAUAAUCAUUUUAAUAAUAAUAAUUUAAAUAAUUAUUUUUAUAAUAAUAAUAAUAAUAUGAAUAAUGUAAAUAAUAACAAUAAUAUAUAUAAUGACUACAACUGUACAACAACAACAAUAACAACAACAACAACUACUACAACUACAGUAGAGCCACAAAAUAUAAACAACACUGAUGUUCAAUGCCAAGAUCAAGUUUUUACUGAAAUUAGUGAUAUAGAACAAUCAGAAAUGGAGCUUAUGACUCUAGAGACUCUACGUUCUGUUUUUUUAAACAACCAAAGAUAAAAGCUAUUUUAAAUAAAACCUGUAUAUAAAUGUAUUUUUUGUAGAUAAAAUCUUUAAUAAAAAUAAAAACCUUUGAAUUUAAAUUUUAU